CCUCUCUCCCAUCACGCACGGUGCGGCCGCGCAGGACCGGCAGGCGGACAGAGUUUGUGGCGGCAGAGCGGCGACCGCGCGUCGGCUUGGACACUAACCGGACCCCCGCUGGAGCCGGUGACUCCCGGACCUACCGGACACUUUUUUUAAACGAUUACUCUUUUUCCUCCAUCUCUCUUUUCCCUCCUCCCUCUCUUUUUCUUCUCGUCACUCCCCCGCCCCGGUGCUCCGUCCGUCCGCCGCCACAUCCAGCACCACCGCCUCCCCGAGCGUCAGUGCCAAGCGGCGGAGGAUGCUGCGGCUGUCGGUGCACGGUGCCCGGUGGUGACGCUCCCUCCACGGAGUACCAGAGAGCGGGUGACAGCUGUCCCUCCCCCCCCACACGGGUCUUCCCCCGGCUGGGCUCCAGCUCCAGCCCCGCGGAGAGAGGAAGGACCGGCGGGUCGACGCGCAGCGCAGCGGCGGUCGUGACAGUAAAAGUGGACAGAGAUUGUGAGAGGAAUCGGAUAAUUACCCCCCCGCCCGUCCCGCUGGAUUGUUUGAUUUGUUUCCAGGUCUUUUUCCCCGGUUCGGUGGAUUGUUAAUUCCGGGUGUUUUCCCCCCCCCCGGAGGUCUGGAACGGCUCCGUCUGGGCACCGAGGAGGAGCGGAGCCUGUAGCCGGGGCUGGAGCGCUCAGAGCCGGGGAACCGCGCGGCUCACACCCGGUCCAGAGCGGUGCUGUCGUGCGGAGACAUGGCGGCGCUGAGGUGGGAGGUUCCUAUGUUCCUGGCGGUUGUCCUGCUGGUCUCCUGUAACGCUGCACCCACCGACAUCCUUUAUCGAGUUCCUGAGGAGCAGCCGCCCAACACGCUGAUCGGCAGCUUGGCGGCAGACCGGGGCCUCCCCGACACCGGCCACCUCUACAAGCUGGAAGUCGGCACGCCGUAUCUGCGGGUGGACGGCAAGACCGGCGACAUCUACACCACGGAGAUCCCCAUCGACCGCGAGACGCUGAGCGACUGCCGCAACCUGUUUGAUGGCGACAAAUGUUUCCUGGAGUUCGAGGUGUCGAUCACUGACAUGGUGAAGGGCCUCGGCAUGGGGCCACGGCUAAUCGAAGGCCGCAUCGAGGUGCUGGACAUCAACGACAACACGCCGCAGUUCUCCUCGCCCAUCCUUUCCCUCUCCAUCCCCGAGAACACGCACAUCGGCGCCCUCUUCUCCAUCCCCAUGGCCACCGACAGGGACUCUGGCACCAACGGCGUGGCCGAGUACGCGCUGACCACCGGGCCUGACGCCGACCAGCUCUUCACCCUGCAGGUCGCCGUGGACUCGGACGAGAAGCUGCCGCAGCUGGUCGUCAUGGGCAACCUGGACCGCGAGAGGAAGGACUCGUACGACCUGAACAUCAGGGUGGUGGACGGCGGGAAGCCGGCGAGGGCGAGCAGCGCUCUGCUGCGGGUCACCGUCACCGACCAGAACGACAACGCUCCCAAGUUCGAGAGGAGUCACUACGAGGCCGAACUCCCGGAGAACAGCCUGCUGGGUCACUCUGUGCUGCAGGUCAGAGCCAAUGAUGGAGACACCGGCAUCAACGGAGAGAUCGACUACAGCCUUCAUCAGGCGUCGGAGACCGUUCAGAGGCUUCUGCGCAUCGACCGCUCCACUGGAAUCAUAUACGUCAAAGGCCAAGUGGACCGCGAGGAAGAGAGUUUCCUCAAGUUCUUUGUGGUCGCGAAAGAUCGUGGGCCCAACUCCAAGAACUCCAAGGUCCUGGUGACCAUCAACGUCAGGGAUCACAAUGACAACGCACCAGCGAUCGAGAUCCGUGGCAUUGGCUUGGUGACGCAUCAAGAUGGCGUGGCGAACAUCUCUGAGGACAUGCCCAUCGGGACCGCGGUGGCGUUGGUCCAGGUGUCCGACCGUGACGAGGGGGAAAAUGCUGUGGUUACUUCUGUAGUUGCCGGUGACGUCCCAUUCCAGCUCCAACCUGCAAGUGAGUCAGCCAACGAUCGGAAGAGGAAGUAUUUCCUGCAGACAACUACCCCGCUGGAUUAUGAGCGUGUAAAGGAAUACAGAAUUGAAAUUGUCGCUGUGGAUUCUGGGAACCCAGCCCUGUCCAGCACCAACUCCCUCAAAGUCCAGGUCACUGACGUGAACGACAACGCGCCAAACUUUUCCCCUGCGAUGCUCGAGGUGGACUUUGCGGAGGGAAAUCAGCCGGGUGAUAAAGUUCUGGAUGUCGUGGCAACGGAUGCAGACAGUGGCACCAACGCAGAACUGGCCUAUAGCAUCAUCGAGCACUCGGCCACCAGGCUCUUUGAGAUUGACUCCAACACAGGGGAGCUGCGUGUGAAGAACCUGUUGGAUCGGGAGGAUACAGAGCGCUACGAGUUCCGCGUGGCAGCCGCAGACAAGGGGGUUCCAAGCAAAACUGGCACUGCUACAGUGGUGGUGAAUGUCCUGGACCGCAACGACAAUGACCCCAAAUUUAUGCUGAGCGGCUACAGCUUCUCUGUCAUUGAGAACAUGGCUCCGCUCAACCCCGUUGGCGUGGUGACCGUCACUGAUGCUGAUAAAGGUGAAAAUGCCAGAGUAAGGCUGUUUGUGGAACCGGACAAUGGGAAGUUUGUCAUCCAGAAUGGCACCGGAACCAUCCUGUCCAGCAUCUCCUUUGACCGUGAGAAGGAGAGCACCUACACCUUCCGUCUGAGAGCCGUGGAUUCAGGUGACCCUCCUCGAUCUUCUUACGUAGGUGUGACCAUCAAUGUCCUGGAUGAGAACGAUAACGCCCCCUAUGUCACCAAACCGGCCAACUCCUCCUACACUUACUUGACACCUGUCACUCAACCAGAGACCCGUGUGGAGGUGGUAGAGGCUGAGGAUAUUGACUCUGGACCCAAUGCUGAGCUGGUCUACACCAUCACAGGCGGCAACCCGUUUGACCUGUUCGACAUCUCGCCCAGCAGCGGGGAGAUCACACUGGCGCAGGAAUUCACUGGAAAGCACAAUGGACUGCACCGACUUGUCGUACGGGUCAGUGACAAAGGCAAACCUCCACGCCACACCACUGCCCUGGUCCACGUGUUUGUCAACGACACCAAGUCCAAUGUUUCUGUCAUCGAGGCGCUGGUCGGACACAGCCUCUACACCCCUCUGGACAGGGACAUCGCUGGGGAUCCCAACUACGCCCUUGCUCAGCGCAGCAACAUCUUGUAUGGCAGCCUGGCAGGUAUCGCUGGUGUGAUCAUGGUCAUUGUAGCCGUGGUGGUUAUUAGACACCGGCUGCAGAAGGACACCAAGAGCGGCUAUCAGGCCGGCAAGAAGGAGAGCAAGGACCUGUACGCUCCAAAGCAGGGACCCAAAAAUGGCAAAGGGAAAAAGAGCAAAAAGGGUAAAGCUCCAAAACCUGCCAAGCCCCUGGAGGAGGACGAGGAGGCCAGCCUGCAGAAAGCCCUCAAGUUCAAUCUCAUUAACGAAAGUGUCAACGACAGUCCCAGAAUCCACCUGCCCCUGAACUACCCACCAGGAAGCCCCGAUCUGGGGCGACACUAUCGCUCCAAUUCCCCCCUCCCCUCCAUCCAACUGCAGCCACAGUCGCCUUCCGCCUCCAAGAAGCACCAGGCGGUUCAGGACCUCCCUGCCACCAACACCUUUGUGGGAACAGGGGACAACAACUCCACAGGCUCCGACCAAUAUUCGGAUUACAGCUACAAGGCCAACCCGCCCAAAUACAGCAGCAAACAGCCCCCCCACCGCCGAGUGACCUUCUCCACGGCCAACCAGGCUCAGGACCUGCAGGACGCGUCCCAGCACAGCUACUACGACAGCGGCCUGGAGGAGUCGGAGACCCCCAGCUCCAAGUCGUCGUCGGGGCCGCGGGUCGGGCCCCUGGCGCUGCCGGAGGACCACUACGAACGGACCACGCCCGACGGCAGCAUCGGCGAGAUGGAGCACCCGGAGAACGACCUCAGGCCCCUUCCCGACGUGGCGAUGACCGGUAACUGCACCCACGAGUGCACCGAGUUCGGCCACUCCGACUCCUGCUGGAUGCCCGGUCAGCCUUCCCCCACCCGCAAGGUGUCCAAGAACGCCCCCCCGCUCUCCACCUUCGUGCCUUACCAGGAGAUGGACGGGCAGGAGCAGCUGAUGGCCAACGGCAGCCCCAAGCCCCUGAUGACGGAGGAGCGCGGGACGGGCAGCGGCGGCGGCAGCGGAGGUGGCAGCGGUUCCAAAGUGGCCAACAUGCGGUUCAUGACCCCCUACAGCAGUGCCUACCCCGGGGGCGGAGACUCGUCUGGGAAAGACUGUGGGCUGGAGGAGAUCCCGCUGAGCCAGGCGGUGGAGUACCACUCGGCGACCACUCCCACCGGCCAGACCGCCAAGAGGGAGAUCUACCUGUGAGGGCGCCGCUCUCCACCUUAAGGCCCCCAACCACCUGCCUGUACUCCCCUGGUCAUUCCCCGAUGCUGCUCGCCACCGCCCGUCCCACCUCCUCACUGUCGCCCCCUGUGCCUAUUACUCGCUGUGCCGCAGCACCGACUCCCCUUCUUCCUUUUUAUAACUGCAUCCACUGUACAAGGCUUUAGACCCCGCCCACCUCGCCCACUGCCACCGCCGCCGCCGCCCACCUCUAGAAACCAAUCAAAUGUAAAAUAGAUUUAAUUCAAAUCAACUGAAGAAAAACACGCGGCGCCUGCUGCCGCGGACGGAAUGUAAACUACACCACAUCGUUGUGAUAAUUUAAUGGGAAACUAUUUAGCUACUCACGUAUUUGAGUUGGAUUUGUGUGCGUCGCUUUAGGCUUUGUCGCUGUGUUGGAACAGAAAAAGAAAACAACCUUCGGGGGGAGAAGGGAAAGAACCUCUUGUAAAUCCUACUUAAAUAUACUGUGUAAUGCUACCUAUCCUAUUUUUUUCUGGAUUUGAUUCAUUUCUCUUUUUCUUUUGUGUUAAUUUUUCUCAGUGGAUCCUGGAAAUACCUUUUUGGGCCAAGUUGCAUCAAAUCAACCGGGUUCAUUUUUUUAUCAGGAUCAGCUCGUGGUCACCUCGAGGACUUCUGCCGGAACGCAGCUGUUUCCCACUCGUCACAGUUGUUGUGAGAACUCUUGGUUCUUCGUUGAGUUUUUUCUUGUAUUCCGUGUACAGAGCUGUAAAUACCACAAACAGUGACGGAGGAAGCUGCUGACGGCGGCGUGCUGUCUGCAGAUCCUCACGUGCCGUCGGCCCGAUGGACUGGAAACCGUCGCACGUACAGAGGAACGACGCCGUCACAGCCGGAACCUGAACUCCAGAGCAUCACCGACGGUGCCGAGUUAUAAAGACUUUUUAUUACAUCUUUUCUCUCCUCUACGACUUUACGACACAAUGUGGGAUCAGGAGGUAAAAUCAUUAGAGGCAUCGACACCGGUUCAUUCAGAACCAGACAGAAACCGGAGCGUUUCAGAAAGUGGAUCAGAUUCACGUCGUCAGGAGUAAACCACGAGUGUUAUUCUCAAAGACCUCUGAAAGGUUUCCACGGUGGAGAAUGAGUUCCUUCAACACUAAAAUGACUUUGUAGAUUAUCUUUACGUGACAUGUGACCAUUACAUGAUCACACAAUACAAGUAAACUUCCUGCUCAUGGCCCCCAGAGGCUGAACAGAGCUGUAAAACUAAACUAUUCUAUCAACAGAGACAUUUAUCUUAUUCCAAAUCAAGGGGUUCUUCCUCUGGGGAGCAGAGACCAGAUUAUGAAAUGUGGCUGUUCAGUGCUUGGAUGUUGAUAUUAACAGGAGACAGGGUGGUGGUUAAUGUGGUGGAGCAGGAGGAAGGAAGUUAUCAGGUUUUUUUUCAACCUCUGGGGAACAUGAAUAUUCGAGUUUAAUUUCAUCGAAAUCAGCUUUUCUCAGAGAUAUUAAAGUUUGAGAGUUGAGUUGUGAAGAUGGUUUUCAGAAGGUCAGAGGGGUCCUGAAGGUCUCCGUCCUCUGGGGAACCUGAACGUCCACAGACAGUUUCAUAUCAACCGGGUCGUUUUAAUUCUUCUCCGAGCUCCAGCGUACGAUGCUCCUGCUUCAGCUCGUAUUUUAAAACUCCAGCUUCUCUCACGGUUUCUGUCGGGAUCCGUGAUUUAAAAAAGAAAUAUGCUUGGCACAAAAGAUUAAAAAGCUUAAAACACAGAAGAGAAGCUGUUGAAAAAGUCAUCGUCUCUGCGAGCAGCUGAAAUCUGGGGCCGAUACCGACGGCUCAGCCGACACAUCACAGCCGCGGCGGUCGGGCUGUUUGUGGCGACUGUGGUGAAUGUUUCCCCCGCUGUGUGUUUUCAGUCUGAAGGAAGAGCUCUCGUUAGUUCCUCCCUCUUUACCUCCUCAGUGUGAGGCCGAGCAGCUCGCCGUUUAUCUGGAGUAUUUGUUAAACCCGUUAGCUGCGUUCGGCGAGGGGAGGUGGGCGCCGCCUCCCGUGGCGCCGCAGUGGCACAGGAACGCAGGAUUAAUGACACCUGUACGGGCUUCAGUCCACUAACACCCCCUCCACUCAGCGCGCCAAAGAAACUAAUUAGGACCCGAGGCUCUGCACAUUAUUGGUGCUAAUUUGCACGGGUGGAGGCGACUGGUCUGGAAGUUGAUUCAUUCUGAGGCUGGUGUGAGCGGCUGCUGAGGGUUUCACCUGAAGUGACGCUCGCCUGCUGAGAACAGAGAGGGAGCAGCAGUCACGAGUCUGUGACUGAGUCUCAACAAGGAACCAGAGAUCAUUCCUCCAGUCACAUAAUAUCAGAGAAAUAUUAUAAUCAAGUAUUUUCUGAUGCAAAACAGAGUCAAAGAUGAAAUUAAUCCGCGAAUCAAACUACAAAACCAAAUUUGCUUCUUCCGCCUCGUUUCGUCUCGAACACUUUGUUCAUUUCUUGAAACUUUGCGCGAACAAAGGAAGCAGCAGCGUGAACAUGUGGGAUUAUCUGGCCCCUGCUGGCAGGAACAUCUCCUGCUGGAAACCAGACUAAACGACGUGUCGUCUGUUUUGCUGCGUGUGAACAUCCGCCCUCCAGAAGCAGAACCAGGGAACAUCAAAGAGCUGCCGCCUUCAAAGCCGGAGCCGCCGUGGUCCCUCCGCAGGUCAGGGAGCGGGCGCACACUUUACUGUCAUUACAGCGUCCUUCACUGCUCUGAACUACUUCUUAUCUCACUCGUGGUGUCGAGCUCACUCCUUCCUUCAGAUCCUAAUUUCUCUUUAAUGUAGAAACGUUUGUGUUUGAUCUCCAUGUGUUUGGAAGUUAAUACGAUUCAAAACACAAUUUCUCCUUUAGGUGAUUUGAUUCAUUGUGACGUAACACACCCACAAACACACACACACACACACACACUAACACACACAGAAUUCCCCUGCACAUAAAUCAACCAUCAUUCAACCGACGUUCAACCCUCCCUGUGACAAAGAUUUAGAGUUCACUGGCGCCGCCGCCGCCGCCGCCGCGCUCCCUCGUGCUCGCCGUCUUCCUCUGGUGAUUUAACGCCGGCGUUCAUAGCUCUGAUUGAUUAUUUACGGGCCCAACAUGGAGGUCCACAUCUACUCUCCUCCUUCCUCCUUCCUCCUUCCUCCUCCUUCGCCACGCUUCACCGUCUCACUGUAAACAAGUCAUUUUUUUAUUUCCUCCUCCGUGAUGCCCCUCGGCCGCUCGACCGGUGGUUAGAGUCCCGGGAGGCCGGCGUGUUGUGCUGCGUAAGGUAAAGAUGGAGGAGAGAGAGAGGCCGGAGGUGAAGCGGCGUCCGUUUAACCUCAACUCUCUGGCACCAAUUAACCCCAGAAGAAGAAACGUAACCUCAGGUGACCCCUCGGGACCUUUGGUGACCUCUGACCUCGCUGUUUGCUUUGCCCGAGGCCGAGAGAGUUUCUCCUGAGUGUGCGUGUGUGUGUGUGUGUGUGUGUGUGUGUGUGUGUGUGUGUGUGUGUGUGUGUGUGUGUGUGUGUGUGUGUGUGUGUG